AUGAAGACAUUCAGUGUUACGGCUGCAUUAGCUGUCAUGCUCACAUUUAUCUACAUCUAGGAGAACUCUGCUGUCCCAGUCAGUGAAGAGCAAGCGUUGGAGGAGCCACUGAGGCCUGAACAUCCAGCUGCAGCACAUGAAGAAAGAAUCGUGGAUUCUUGGAAGAAAGGAAAAACUGAAAGAGUGAAAAUGAAGACAUUCUGUGUUGUAGUGUCUGUGGCUGUUGUGUUUACCUUUAUUUACAUACAGGGGAACUCUGCCUUCCCAUUCACUACAGUUCAAGAGUCGGAGGAGGCGAUGAGCAACGACAGUCCAGCUGCAUCACAAGAAGAGACAUCAGUGGAAAUGUGGAUAAUGCCAUUUAACAUCAGGCAGAACCGUUAUACUGGUCCCAUUAGAUGCCGUUAUUGCUGUGGUUGCUGUGCCAUCGGCGUCUGUGGGAUGUGCUGCAAGUGAGGAUCGGCGUGCCUGGAUUUGAGCAGCUAGCACUGAAAUUUACUUUGUUUUAAUGUUGUAAAUUAAAACUCUGAUGUCACUA